CGACAACGUGCUUUGAACAACAUGGCGGAUUCUAAUAAGAGAAAGCAGGCGCCAGGACAGGACCGAGACAGGAGGGGUCCGAAGAGGAGCAAGGGCGGUUCUGGUGGGAAGUGGCAGACUCCACAUCAAAAGGCAAAACUUGCCGCUUCACAAGGAAGUGGAAAGAUAGAGCCUGGCGAUGUUGGUAUCUGGGCUACCUGUGCGAAGAACCAGGAGAACAGAGCCAGAGAAGAACUCCUCAGCAUGUUUGAGGAUUGUGCAGAACGGUUCUAUGGAAUCGUAGCAAGAUCCGUUGAAAAUGAUGAAGAGGACUCCGUGGAUGAUAUCGAGUCCUCGAUUCAGAAGGAACUCGAGUCCCUGGGCAACAAGAAGGGAAAACCACAGCUGUUCUCUCCUGUACCAAUCGAUCUGCCGUGUGUUAUAUUUUUCAAGACUCAGUCCCCGAUAGAUCCGGUCGACUUUGUCCACAAGAUCUGUGUGGAAAUCGUCUCGAAGCCCGGUAUCCGGAGGAUGCGAUACGUCAACAGACUGACGCCAAUGGAAUUUACUGGGAAAGCAACUGAGAAAGGCCUCGAGGAAGUAGGAAGGACGGUGCUGGGAAAGCACUUCCGGCUUGCAGGAGAAACAUCAAAGGGGGAUGAAGAGGGAACGACCCCUUCGACGUAUGCAAUCCGACCUACCAUACGCAAUCAUCAUACUCUUACGCGCGACGUGGCCAUCAAGCAGACUGCAGCACUGGUAGACGAGGCACAUAAAGUCGAUCUCACUAAGCCCGACAAAGUCAUAAUAAUCGAGGUAUUUCAGACGGUGUGUGGGAUGAGUGUUUUAGGAAGCGACUGGGAGAAGCUUAAACGCUUUAACCUCGCGGAGCUUUACCCAUCUGCACCAAAAGCCGGGGCUACCAGCCAGUUUAAGGCUGAGGCUAUACCGGAAAGCGUAACCAGAGACGAAGCUCGCCUGGAAGGUCAUCAGCCUACCAGUACCGACGAGCCGGAUUCCACGACUUAGCCAGCUCUGAACAACAAUUGGACAAUCGCAAUUAUUAUUGUCAAGCUGUCAACAAAACAACGUCCGCUCUCCACCCCGUCCAUCCCGCUCCGUACCACUUCGGAGUAGCCGCGCGGGGCUUGUCGGUCGCUUAAGAUUGGCUCACAAUCGCUCUCCGGCGUCUUCGCUACAGUAGUUAUACAGUCUUACGCCCGGAGUUGGUCUCUUACAGCAAUUCGUCCGAGUAAGUAGUAGCGGAAUAUAGAAAUUGAAACACUUCGUUACGUGGAAACGGCCUUGGGCGGGAAUGGCGAAAAGGGCUCCGUUCAAUUUCAGCCUGACCAUACGCUACGGGAGAUAUGUCCGGGUUCUGCGACAUGACUGAGGUAUCUGGCGCUGACCAGCCAUUCCUAACCACCAGAAUCCUCUCGGUCUCUCAUUGACAAAUGCGCUGUUGGGCG